AUGCAUUACCUUAUUACGUGUCAAUAUUUUUUCUACCAUUUUUUUGUUCUAAUGAUUAGUGUGAUCGUUCAUAAUAAUAAUGCAACAAGAUCAACAAAAUCCGAUAUUUCCAUAACACAAUUGCUUUCUAAUGAAUAUAAACAGAAACUGUUAGGUAAAACAUCCUUUAAUCGUCAUGCUCGUAUCCUGUCGUUGAUAUGUAACGUCAUAUUUUGGAUAUUAUUAAUAUCGACACUCAUUCUACUGAACGCCACUGAAUUUAACAAUGUUGGCAAAGUUAUUUAUAGUAUUUUCAUGUUGCUAAUAAUUAUUUUAUGUUAUGUAUUCAUGUUAUUUGAAUCACGUGGAUGUAUUGAACAACAGUUUCUUCAACGUGUCAUCAAUGCCGAUGUUGUCAGAUGUGAAUUAGGACAAAUACAAAAGUCAACACCGAAGUUAAUGGCAUACAUCACAGUCACAGCAACAAAUUACUAUAAUAUAAUUCGACAAAAAUGGAUCGAUUAUAAAAUAUAUGAAAUAUCAAUACUAGAACGAUUACAAUCAUUUUAUUAUAGAAGUGUACAACUAACUGAAACACUGUUCCCAGUUAAAACCUACCGACUGAGUAUUGACGCUUUUGAAAUCGUUAAAACACGUUUAUAUCAAUUAUUUAUUACAUUCGAUGUGAUUAUAGCAGGUGAAGAUAGCAGAAUAAUCAAUAAUGAUAUGAUACAAGAAUUUAAUCGUAUUGAAGAUAAAUUAAGAAAAGCAUCGAAAAACAUAAAUGAUGUUAACAAAAACUUCAUUCAAUUAGCUAAAAUUAGUCGUGCAAUUCGUUUUCAAUUUACUGAAAAUUCUUUAUUACAAAACGUUGUUGUUCAAGAAGUAGGACAACGUCGCGUAUUAGUUUAUAUGGCUAUACCAGAAUUACGUGUACGUCGAAGAUUACUUAGCGGUUUUAAAAAGGUUCCCAUCAAUAGCGAAACAAAAACAUUGGAUUUCGACACACAAGCAUUUAAUUUUUCAAUAACAGUUCGAACGAAAAAUUCCAACGAACAAAUCUAUGCUUUAAGGAUUGAACGAUUGCCAGGAGAAAUAGUUCCACAACGAUGUAAGGUCAAGUAUCAGCAUGGUGGUGUGUGGAUGACACUUUACAAAGACAAUACUACACCUUGGAUAAAUCGUAUUUGUGAUCCAUUCUCUCCUGGUUUAAAUAUUCCAGAUGAAACGACAGAAGAUAGAGCAAAUGAUAUUGUUUCGUCCCUAAGUCCAUUACCUACUCCGACAGCACCACUGUCUUCUUCUCCGCAAGUUGUACCACCGUCAUCUUGA